CGUGAAAAUUUUCUAGGGUGGAUUAUUUUCAGGAUGAUGAUUCCUGCACGGAGGGAUGGUUGUAUUGAUCAUUACAAUCUUAUGCUGAAGCCAUCUUAUGAGAAGGACAAUGUUGACGUUGAUUUCUAUGAAGCUGGAGAUGGAAUUGGAAUUAUAUUGUCUAUUUUAAUUCUCUAUAAUGACUGUAAUUAGAAAGCAAGAGUUUUGUAGAUCUGAGUGAUGUCUGAUUUUCGUUUGUGCCAUUAUGUUUGGUUGGCAUAUUUUCUUGUCACACUCUUGUUCUCUCUCUUUUUUUGAGUGCCUAGGAACUUACAAGAGUUUAAAUUUGUAGAUCUGUGAUAUGUUUUCCUUUUAUGAUUCCUCUUGAUUUGAUUCUACAUUUCUUGAAUUCUUACUGGGAUAAUUAGGAAGAAUGGGUCAAACAGUCUUUUGACUCUUAUCCUUAAUGUGAAUUGAGCGAUCAUGACAGCCGACUACUUCUGGUAAGUUGAUGACCUAAUAUAGGUCAUUUUAAUGAAUGGGUGGAAGUAUACAUGUGUGUAUUUUUAAAUAAGUUUCCUCUGAAAAUGUAGCUAAAAGAGUCGUUUCUUACCAUGUUUCAGCCUCAAAUCACUUUUGACAUUGGCAAUCUUUGAUUGUACAACCUCAGGCUUAGUUUCUGACAAUACCAUUUUCUUUAGGGUGUAAAUGCAUAUGUAGAAAGUGGCAUCAGUGAUUUUUCUUAUUGGUUGUGAAUAUUGUUUUGGCCUAGCUGCAGUGCAUUUUUGUCUUGGGGUGGGAAUGUGAGUGGAUUUCCUGUUGUGAAGCUAUCAAGCUAAUAGUUCCGAUGCACCCCUCCAUGUCUUGAUCUUCACUUAGUGCUAGUUGAAGUAGGAUGAUCAUUUUUAGUAUUAGAGUUCAGGUUUUGUGUGAUGCAUUUUAAACUUGAGCACAGGUGAUGAUAUCGGCCAAAGAAGACUCUAGGCGCUCCGCAACUCAUGCUGUGCGUGUUUUUUCCGCGUUUUACUCGUUCUUGCUCCAGAUGCCUUUUAAGGGGAGGUAUUUGAUAAGACUCCUUGUACCAGCUGCACAUACAAAAAGGUUGAUUAUUCUCCAGACAAUCAAUUCCCAUUCAUGCAAACCUGUUAUCUAUCUAACGAUAAUGUUUCAUUUUUAUCUUUGGGUGAUGUGAUCGUUGAGGUGGAAGGGUAUUGUCGACACAUAGAUGAGGCAAUGCAAUCAGUUUAUUCUGAUCUGGGAGAGUUUAGGGUUGAUGAGAGCAUGGCCUGUGAACUUAAAGCUAACAAUGGCAUUCAUCCAUCUGCACGUGGGUGUGGUUCUGGGGUCAGAUUUCAAAGAGGUUCUGAGAUUCUGGCGUCCAAACAAAUUCCCCUGUCGUAUAUUGAUCUUAUCAUAGGUGAAGAUGGUGCAAAUGUUGAAAACAUACGGAAAUCAAGUCGGGCUUUGGUGUACUUGAAACCAUACACACUUAGAGAGGUGACUAUUUGUAUUGUUGGUGGUUCGACUCAAGAGGAGGAUAUGAACGCUAUAGAAUGAGAACAAAGGGUUUGUAACUUUAGUUGACUCAGAGUGUUGUUUAUAUGCAGGAUUUGAUUCCAGAGGACCGAAAGAAAGAUGGAAAACGUGUUUUUGCAGAAAUGGUUUAGGAAGAAAGGCUAGUUUCGGGG